AUGAAGUGUCGAUGCAAAAAAAACGCAUACUUCGUUGCAGUUGCCCAGUCGGUGCUCGUCCAUGUUUAUGUGCGUUGUCAUGAUUUCUUUUUUGCUUUAUAUUGUGUUUUUAGAUCGCAGCUUUGCCCCUAUCCGGUGAUCACUGAUUUCAGUCCAAAAAAGGGACCAAUAGCUGGAGGAACCAAGUUGGUGAUUGAUGGUAUGAAUCUCGGUCAUAGCUACAAAGCAGUGGUGAAUGCAGUCACUGCAGCAAACGUACGCUGUGACGUUGACGAGAGUGCAUACGUGACCGCUUCACGCAUUGUUUGUCGAACACGACAAAGUCCAUUACCGGUGCUGGCCCGUAAUCCAGUGAUUGUGAAAUUACGGGAUGAACAUCGAUAUACGGCAAUUUCAAAUGACAGCUAUACCUAUGUGGAUCCAGUUAUCACGAACAUGGAACCUUCAAAAGGCUUGUACAGGAUGUGA